AUGGCAUCAUGGCCAGCAACAUCAAGGAGGCAGUCCAGCAGCAGCAGUAAAAGCGCCGAGCUUUCGGGCGCCAGCGCUCACAGCCACAGCCACCAUGGCCGGGCGGCCUCCUCCCCUGGCCCCUACGGCUAUGGCCGGCAGCUCUCGUCCUACAGCACCCGCUCCUCCCAGGUCAGCAGCAGCGGCUCCUUCAGUGCGGCGGCGCUGCGGGUCGCCGGCGCGUUCACCAGCUGCUUCGUGCCGCGGAGGCAGGUCACGACCGAGGAAGAGGAGGAGGAGAAGAAGAGCAGGCGCUCAGAGUGCCAUGUCUCCAUAGAUUCAGCAGGAUCAUGGCAAGAAGGCAGGGCUCUCACCAUUGCUGACGUGUCCAAGGCAACAUCAAACUUCAGUGAAAAGAACAUGAUAAGGCAGGGGCGCUCAAGCACCAUGUACAGAGGGAAGCUCAAGGAUGGGUCUCAGAUCGCCGUCAAAUGUGUCAGAAAGUUGAACGGUCAGAAUCUGACAGCUGAACUCUGGAGGGAACUUGAGACUCUUGAGAAGAUUGAGCAUAGGAAUCUGGCGAGGCUCUUCGGAUUCUUCGAGCGCGCAGCUGAUAGUCUCGUCGUAGUCGAGUAUGUCAGCAAUGGUUCCUUGAGGGAACAUUUGGAUGAAUCCUGUGGAAAUGGUUUAGAAUUCGUGCAACGGCUCAACAUCGUGAUCGACGUUGCUCAGGGUAUCACCUACCUGCACGAGUACAAAGAGCAUCCGGUCAUCCAUGGAGGCAUCCGGUCGUCGGGCGUGCUGCUGACAGACGCGCUGACGGCAAAGGUGGCCGGCUUUGGGCUGGCCGGGACGGCGGCCUCGGGCUCGGGCUCAGGCUCGGAUGCAACGCCGGCGAAGGGCGCCGCCGGGUACGUGGACCCGGAGUACCUGAGCACGUACCAGCUGACCGACAAGAGCGACGUGUACGCCUUCGGCGUCCUCCUCGUCGAGCUCGUCACCGGCCGGCCGCCCAUCGAACGCAGCUGUGGCGGCGAGGCCCGGCUCACCACCAAAUGGGCGUUGCAGAGGUGCAGAGCAGGGGAAGCCGUGGUGGCCAUGGACCCCAGGAUGCGGCGGAGCCCGGCGUCGGUGGCCGCGGUGGAGAGGAUGCUGGCGCUGGCAGCGCAGUGCGUCGCGACGGCCAGGGAUGACCGACCGUCGAUGCGGCGGUGCAGCGAGCUGCUGUGGGCCAUCCGGAGAGACUACCACCGCCAGGAGGAACCGCGGUGCGCCACCGUCGCGGAGGAACGUAGCGACGAGUGGGUCGUCAGGUAG